UCUUGGAAAGCUGAAAGAAAGACAGAGAGGAGCUGGCCAGCUGCAUGUACCACACUCACUACAGGACCUGGAAUUAAGAGGAAGACUCCCAGGCAAAUAAAAUGACAGAUCAGAUCACCGGGACCUUGGUCUUCACUGUCUUCACUGCCGUGCUGGGUUCCUUCCAGUUUGGAUAUGACAUUGGUGUGAUCAAUGCCCCUCAACAGAUAAUAAUUACCCAUUAUAGACAUGUUUUGGAUGUCCCGCUGGCUGACCGAAAAGCUCUCAGCAGCGAUGCUAUCGCCAGUACAGAGGAAAUGCCCAGAACCCCCAACCUAAUGAAUUCAACGCCAACCCCUCCGCCUGAGGAAGAGUUUGUGGAAGAUUCUGGCCUCAUCACCAUGCUAUGGUCCCUGUCUGUGUCCAGCUUUGCAAUUGGUGGAAUGAUUGCAUCAUUCUUCGGUGGGUGGCUUGGGGACCAGCUUGGAAGAAUCAAAGCCAUGUUGAUAGCAAACAUUCUUUCAUUAGCUGGAGCUCUCUUGAUGGGAUUUUCGAAAAUGGGACCAUCUCACAUUCUUAUCAUUUCAGGAAGAGCUGUAUCAGGACUCUAUGCAGGGCUAAUUUCAGGCCUGGUUCCAAUGUACAUUGGUGAAAUUGCUCCAACCACACUCAGGGGUGCUAUUGGCGCUCUUCACCAGCUGGCCAUUGUCACGGGCAUUCUUAUUAGUCAGAUUGUUGGCCUUGACUUCAUCCUGGGCAAUCGUGAGCUGUGGCACAUCCUGCUUGGUCUAUCUGCUGUGCCAGCUGUCCUACAGUCUCUGCUGCUCUUCUUCUGUCCAGAAAGUCCCAGAUACCUUUACAUCAAGUUGGAUGAGGAAAACAAAGCAAAGAAAAGUUUGAAAAGACUCAGAGGAGGUGUUGAUGUCACCAAAGACAUCGCUGAGAUGAGAAAAGAAAGGUCAGAAGCAUCAAGUGAACAGAAAGUCUCCAUAAUUCAGCUCUUCACCAAUUCCAGCUACCGACAGCCUAUUCUGGUGUCAUUGAUGCUGCACAUGGCUCAGCAGUUUUCUGGAAUCAAUGGGAUAUUUUACUACUCAACCAGCAUUUUCCAGACGGCUGGACUCAGCCAACCUGUUUAUGCAACCAUUGGAGUUGGUGCCAUCAACACAGUUUUCACUGCUCUUUCUGUGUUCCUCGUGGAGAAGGCGGGGCGACGCUCUCUGUUUCUGAUUGGAAUGAGCGGGAUGUUUGUCUGUGCCGUCUUCAUGUCUGUGGGACUCGUACUCCUGAAUAAAUUCGCUUGGAUGAGUUACGUGAGCAUGGUAGCCAUCUUCCUCUUUGUCAGCUUCUUUGAAAUUGGGCCCGGCCCCAUCCCCUGGUUCAUGGUGGCCGAAUUUUUCAGUCAAGGACCACGCCCUGCGGCUUUGGCCAUAGCGGCAUUCAGCAACUGGACCUGCAAUUUCAUCGUCGCCCUGUGCUUCCCAUACAUCGCGGAGUUCUGUGGACCUUACGUGUUUUUCCUCUUCGCGGGAGUGGUCUUGGCCUUCACUCUGUUUACGUAUUUCAAAGUUCCAGAAACCAAAGGGAAGUCCUUUGAGGAAAUUGCGGCAGAAUUCCGAAAGAGGGGUGGGUCAGCCCGCCCACGGAAGGCAGCCACAGAAAUGAAAUUCCUUGGAGCUGCAGAGACUGCGUAGAGACGACCUGCUUUUUUAUGAACAGAAAAAGGAAGGAGCCUGUGUGUUUUUACAUGACAAUUCUUUGAGACUUGUAUAUCUCUAUCUUGAAGUAUUGUUUUAUUUUUUUAAAAGAGCUUUUAUGGGCGCUGAUCAGAAAUGUCAUCUAAUAUUACCAAAGAAAGUAUUUUUUUUUUUUAAGUUACAGAACUAUUUUUGAUAGUAAGACUCUGUAAUUAAGUAAACCGAAAAGUCUAGCUCAUUUCCCUACACUGAAGGGCAAGGACAUUCUAAUGUUCCUAGUUCUAUUCUGUAUAAGGAGGUUCUCCUGAAAUUGAAGCCGUUUCAAUGUAUCAUAUUCUUGCUUCCUUAAGCACGUGACUAGAAACCUGAAGAUACCACAGAUAAUUGCAUAUUUGAACCUGAUUAAGGUGGAAUUUUCUCAUCCACAGACCUCAUACUAAAGGAGAUAUGGCUAGUGGCAGUAAAGUCCUUUGUAAAAUUGAUAACUUUUCCAUUUCUCUCACUCAGUUUUCUUCCUGUGCAUUGGAAUUUACAUUUCAUU